GCCAUCUCGAGCACGUGCAUUUUUUUCAGAUCGCCCAUCCUUCCUUUCCUCCUACCACUAUGCCUGUAGCUGUGGACGGGGUGCGUCCCAGCUCACCAUCGAGGCCCAAGGACAAGGAAACUAGACAGCCUCAGGAUGUACCCCUCCCGGAGACCCCCAAACCAUCGGGAAAGCGUAAACGGAAGGGGAAAGAAGUGGCGGAGACGAGUCCUCCGAGUGCACCGCAGAUCACGGAUGAGAGUCCGUGGUCUUGGAAGUCUUUGACAGAGGAGUCGGCGAGCAGGGUCCCACCAUUUUUCACGAAAGAUGGACGAUACUUUUUCUAUGUUACUGGAUCUGCUGUGAAGAUCUACUCUUCUACCACAGGCCAAGUCGUGUCCACGCUCAAACAGCUCAGCGUGAACAGUUUUGGGGGUCACCAAGACCCUCUUGCGUCGCAUGUCAUCACCUCUGCAAUUCUGUCCCCGCACAAUCCUUUCCAGUUGAUCACUGGAUCCUCUGACGGUUAUAUCCGUCUAUGGGACUUCCUAGAUGCCGUCCUUCUCCAAACGAUCAAUGUCAAGAAGCCAAUCAUGCAAGUCGCUGCUCACGAGUCGAUCAAGGGUUAUGUCUUCGUUUCCGUCGAUCAAGGGACUAAGAGGAAGACUAGUAAAGCGAAGCGCGAGACUUCUGAAAUCAACGGCUCAGUACAUCGUGUGUCGUUGCGACCAUCUGCUGCUACGGCCGGCUCGCCGGUCCAACUCCCUGCAGAGACCGCUUUUGUUGGGAAGACGCGCGCAACAAUGGGCUUGUCCGUGUCACCAAGUGGUGCUUGGGUAGUGGCAAUCGGCGGUCACAAAGCCUACGUUUGUCCGACGUCCAACCUAUCGGCCGGCUUCACCAAGUUUGUCUCACCUCAGAAGCUCACAUGUUUGGCCUUUCACCCAUCGGACGACUAUUUCGCCACUGGAGAUAUCACGGGCUGCAUACGCUUGUGGUAUUGUUUGGACGCGGGCCUUACGAAGACUUUCGGCGUGCAGAGAACAGCUCAGACGACCACUAUGCACUGGCAUGCCCACGCUGUGUCGUCUGUUACGUUCACCACCAACGGAGCCUAUCUCCUGAGCGGCGGUGAGGAGGCUGUACUCGUCAUCUGGCAGCUACACUCGGGCAGAAAGGAAUUCGUUCCCCGAGUCGGCGCACCUAUCGUACAUGUCGCUUUGUCGAAGACGCCCGAAGGCGAAGAGGAAUAUCUUCUUACCCUCGCCGACGCUUCAUUUGUCUUCGUUCGCUCUGGCACGCUCAAGAUUUCUAGAUCCAUUGCUCGCGUCAAGAUAGACCCCGCAAUGUCUCAUAAUCGACCGCCUGCUUCUACUUCCUCACCCCUAGUCUUCCAUGCACGGACAUCCACCAUCAUCCUGCCGUCGUCGCAUCCGUCAUCCCUUCAGAUCUAUGACCCAGUAUCCUCCAGACUCGUAUCGGAACUCGAAGUUUCGCCAUCGAACAGAAUAGCGCGUAGAGACGAGAAACCGUUACUUCCCGCCCGUGUGGAACACGCUGUGGUGUCAGACUCGGGGGAGUGGAUGGCGACUCUGGAUCACCGCGACCCAGACGGGACUUUCCACGGAGAAGUCCACUUGAAGAUAUGGUGGUGGGACCACAAGUCCGAGUUCUGGAUAUUGAAUACCCGUAUAGAGCGUCCGCACGGGUUGUCGAGGGUGUCAGCUCUAGCGUUCCGACCAAGGGCCAGUGGUAACGAUGAUCUGUUCCUCGUUACAGUCGGGGCGGAUGGCAACAUAAAGUCGUGGGGCAUCCGUACAGCGAAGCAGAAGUCUGGCAACGUGGAGGCGUUCUGGGUUGCUCGUUCCACUAUGCGGUAUCGUACCGAGGUCCCAACCCACGUAUCGUGGUCAGCGGAUGGCUCGUUGUUCGCUGUCUCCGUUGGCCCUCAUGUCGCUCUCUACGACGGGAAUACGAACGCCCUCCAUCAAGUGUUGACUUGCGCGGAUUGCGAACGUGCGGCGUCGGCGUACUUUGUGGGCAUCAGCGGUCGCCAUAUCGCCGUAGUGGGGCAGAGAGAUGUGAUGCUAUGGGAUCUACUUACGCGCUCAAUGCGUUGGCGAUACACAAAUAUUAACGUGGUUGACCGAUUGGUGGUCCACCACACCGAAGAGUCCUUCGCCGUUCUCGAGCGUUGUGCUACAUCCGGUCACGCAUCACCAUCCUCAAGAGUCAUCAUCCUCCACACCGCUUCCCCAGUGCCGACCGCAAUACGGACGCUACCCUUCAACAUUCGUGUUGCAAUGUCCCAUCCAUCACUCGAUUCGUUCUCUGCUAAACCUUCGUCAUUCGUCCUCGUGGGUAUUACUCACAAGUGGAGCGUCGCCGUCUUCGGUGAUGAAGUACGACUACCAGAGGAUAAAGGCUCCUCUGCUCGGAGUAUCGGCAACGAGAGUGUGGCGGGCCCUUCCAAGCGCACGCUCUUCCAUGAUAUCUUUGGGGCGUCUGCGCUAGUUGAGACUACGCCGAAUGCAACGCUCCCACUGGAACCCGACAUCACUCACUCGUGGAGGGGCAAAGAGGUCGCGGAGAUUUUCGACGCGCCGACAUAUCUCAUGCCUCCCGUUACAUCACUCUUUGACACCCUAGUAGACUCUUUCCUGACUGUGAAAACGUCAGAUAGAACCGCGAAGCCAGAAGAAGAGGAGGAAGAGGAGCGACAAGACGAGGAUAUCGAGAUGGAGGACGGCACAGAGCCCCUGAUUACCGAGGAUCGUAUCGAGCGCGUAGUGAACAAACGCGAGAUGGAAGCCUUCGUUGACCUGUUCAAAAAUUGUGCAAUGAGAGAACCUGUCGCAACGCACCAUGAUGCACCAAGGAACGGCCUACACCAUGCAAAUGGCGGCCAUCCGCCACACGCAAACGACGUUCCUCCCGCCGCACCCUCAUUCGCCAAAACCAACGGCGCCAAACAAAGCUUGCCUACGCCCGCCUCCACGCCCGCGCGGACUGCCAAGGAACCGCCAACAUCGCCGUCAAAAACCUCGCCCGCCGUACAGGUCGGCCAAAAACGCAAAAAGUCACUGGGAUAAUACAGGUAGUUGGGAGGGGUUCGUCGUCAUGUAGUGCUAGCAUUUCUCGCAUACCAUCUGCAUCGAUAGUCAUCGCUGUCCUGUCUUACCACAUGCACGCAAUCUACCUUAU